AUGAGCAGCAAGGAGAGUCAAGCGCUCGAAGGACAGAGCCUCUUCAACUAUCGGCAAAAGCAACACUACCCCCUAAACAUCGGCGACAUCCUUCACGAUCGCUAUAGAGUCCUCGCAAAAUUGGGCUUCGGGGCGUAUUCCACAGUAUGGCUGAGUCGAGAUGAGAGGACAUCAAAACACUUGUGUCUGAAAGUGUGUGUAAAUGAUGAAACCACCAACUCACCUGUGCUCAAUGAGGCCGAGAUGCUACGGCAUCUUGAGUCCACGUCGGAAGCAGGUGACCAUCCUGGGCUGGACUUCAUCCGGCUCGCGGAUGACAUCUUCGAGGCCGAUGGACCGACUGGUCGCCAUCAUUGCAUCGCUAUGAAACCCCAAGGCGUCAGCGUCCGCACAUUACAAGAGUUCUACCCGGACGAGCGCUUGCCGAAGUUACUCGUCAGAUCGCUCGUCCAUCGUUUGCUCUUCGCGAUCGACUGGCUACAUUCGCGAUGCCAAACCAUUCAUACUGACAUCACUCCACUCAAUGUGUUAACGCAAGCUGAGGACGAUGCAGUCUUCCAACAAAUCGAACGACAAGAAUUGCAGGAUCGAAGCGGUCCCACGACAGAAGGCGAAUCGGUCGCGUAUCCGUCGCGAAGAGCCUCACAGACGCUUUCUGGCAUCCCUAUUCUCACAGACUUCGGCCAGAUGCGGUACGCUGACCCGAUCAACGACUCCUGGUCGAUGCCGGAUACAUACCGAGCCCCCGAGGUGCUGCUGGGUCUACCUUGGGACUACCCGGUAGACUUGUGGUCACUUGGAAUGAUGGCAGAGGCUCACAAUCAAAAACAGACGCUCGAGCUCCUAGAAGGCAAGAACGUAUUCGACCCCAUCGACCGUACACACAACAAAUACGACAUUCCCUUGGCACUAUCGCAGUACAUUAGCCUUCUCGGACAUCCUCCGACGAGCAUGAUUGAACGAAGUCAAAUGUGCUUCUCCCAUUUCGACGAAGAAGGUGCGUGGUAUACUUGCAUGCCGAGUCACCUCACAAGAACAAGACUGACGGAGAAGCACACAGGGCAUUGGAUAUGGACGAAGGAGUACCCGAUACCAGAAGAGUCGCUAACCGAUUUCGUGACCGCGAUCCCUCCCUGCAUGGAGAAGGAUCUCUUCUUGAAGUUCGUUCGAAGUAUGCUAACGUGGGACCCCGAUAUUCGCUUAACGGCGAACGAGCUGGCCGAAGACGAAUGGCUCAUGAUGCUGGUUGAGCAGAUGGCUGGAUGA